AUGAAGAUCCCCCUGUCAGCAAUCCUGCCCGGCGAGGCCUCCGAGGCGUGCUGCACCUGCGCGACGGUGCUCUCGGACGUCCCCAGGUGCUCGCCCCAGACCGAGAAGCCGUACCCGGCCGACAGGAGGCUCGACUGCUGCCCGAGGGUCAUCUGCGGGCGGUGUAUACAUGACAACGCCCGCUUCGCAUCAUACUGCCCCUACUGCCAGGUCGCCAGCGAGGCGUCCAACCCCCUACCGCAGGGCCUGCGCGAGCCGCCCUCGUACGAUUCCGCGACAUCCAAGACGGCCGCCGCCCACCCGCGGACGACAGACACGCCCGACGACGACGAUAACAGCGACGACGCACCACCCCCAUACGAGCCGUCUGCGCUUCACUCUUCCCACCCCCGAGAUGAAAAGUCCAAGGACGACAGCCCACCGCCCCCAGACACGCUCCACUUCGUCCACCCGACAGAGGACACGAUCCCCUCCCUCUCGCUGCGGUACAACGUGCCCGCGGCCGUGCUGAGGCGGCACAACAACAUAACCUCGGACCACCUGCUGUCGGCGCGGCGCACCCUGCUGGUGCCCGGGACGCACUACCCGUCCGGGGUGUCGCUGAGCCCGCGGCCCGUGGGAGGCGAGGAGGAGGAGGCGCGCAAGGCGCGGAUCCGCCGCUGGAUGGUCGCGUGCAAGUGCGCCGCGUACGACGUCGCCGAGCUGUACCUCGCGCAGAGCGGCGGGGACCUCGGCGAGGCGGUCGAGAGGUACCUCGCCGACGAGGAGUGGGAGAGGGCGCACCCGCUCGAGGGCUCGGUGAGGGGCAAGGGGAAGGGCAAGGGGAGGAUGGGUCCCGGCUUGGGGGGCGGUGGCGGCGGUGGGACGUGGGCUGCGCAGGCUGCGUUUCUCAAGCGGCAGGGGCCGUCGUGA